AAUAAAGAAAAGAAUCCGUCGGGAACGAUUGAAAGGCGUGUAUCUUCUUGGCGCAUUAUCUUAGUUAAGUUAGAAGCGAAUCGCCGAUAUGGCCGUUUCUUUAGCACUUUCUGGCUCCCGAUGUGCUUCUAAUUGCCUUCUGAAACAAAAUGUUAUCGGAAAGUGCAAAUCGGCAGUUAACUGCAGACAUUUUUCUCUUUCCGCAACCUGCCAGGUUGCCGGCGAGCCCGAAGGGCCGCGAAUAGUGACCCAGGAUAUCCCCGGACCAAAAUCCUCAGCUCUAAAAAAUGAGCUAAACAGUCUUCAAAACCCUGCUUCUGUUCAGUUAUUCAUCAAUUAUAGCAAAUCGAUUGGCAAUUACCUGGUCGAUGCUGAUGACAACGUUUUUCUGGAUGUUUACAAUCAAAUAUCAUCCAUGCCUCUUGGAUAUAAUCACCCAUCUUUGAUUCAAGCUAUGAAAAAUCCAGACAACUUGCAAGCGUUUGUUAACAGGCCUGCCCUUGGUGUUUUGCCGCCUACUGAUUUUGUUGACAAGUUGAAUACUAGUCUGAUGUCAAUUGCACCGCCAGGUCUGAAAGAAAUCCAGACGAUGGCAUGUGGAUCUUGUUCAAAUGAGAAUGCAUUUAAAGCUGUCUGCUUUUGGUACCAAAACAAGCAGCGCGGCGGCAAACCUGUCACUGAGCAAGAGCUUCGAUCCUGCAUGGUGAAUGAAGCACCAGGUGCUGCAAAUCUGAGUAUUCUAUCAUUUAUGGGAGGAUUUCAUGGGCGUACUUUUGGAGCACUUGCUUGCACUCACUCAAAACCAAUUCACAAACUGGAUGUACCAUCAUUUGACUGGCCAAUUGCUGAUUUCCCGAAAUAUAAGUAUCCGUUGGAGCAGUUCCAGAAGGAAAAUGCAGCUGAAGAUGCUAAGUCCUUAGCUCAAGUAGAGGAUUUGAUUGACAGAUACCAAAAAAAACGUCCUGUUGCUGGAUUGAUUGUCGAACCCAUUCAAGCUGAAGGAGGGGAUAACCAUGCAUCAGACAAUUAUUUUAGGAAGCUGCGUAAAUUGUGCUUAGAUAAAGGCGUUGCUUUUAUUUGUGAUGAAGUCCAAACUGGUGGUGGACCAACUGGAAAAUUCUGGGCACAUGAGUACUGGGGUCUGGAAGUCCCUCCAGAUGUAGUCACAUUUAGCAAAAAGAUGCUAACUGGUGGCUAUUUCUAUCGUGAUGAGUUUCGUCCAGAUGCAGGAUAUAGAGUUUUUAAUACUUGGCUAGGAGAUCCCUCUAAGAUGGUACUGUUGCAAGAAGUUAUUAAAGUAAUUAAGGAUCAAAAUCUGGUUAAAAACAUGGAAACAACAGGAGCUCAUUUACUGAAGGGUUUUAAAGAUCUCCAAAAUAAACAUGUAGGUAAAAUUUUUAAUGCUCGUGGUAGGGGAACCUUUGCAGCCAUAGAUUUUGCUAGUGCUGAAGCUAGAGAUAAAGCUGUUAAAUGCUUACAUAAAAGAGGUGUCCAUUGUGGAGGAAGUGGGGUUAAAACCUUAAGAGUUAGAACAGCGCUUAUUUUUGAACCGAAGCAUGCUGAUAUAUUCCUAGAUCGUUUGAACCAGGUAUUGAAGGAUGAUUUUUAAUUUAAUAUUGACAUUAAAUUUAAAUCAACUUAAAUGAAACACAAAUUAUAUAUUUGUUACUAAAAGGUUAGAUGAUUGAGAUAUAUAGAUUUUUAUGCUGAUAAAAUUAAAUUUAUCUUAAAAAGAUGAAAGUUCUACUUUUUUACAUAUAUUUUUAACAAAAAAUUCUUAGCGGAGAAAUUUUUAAAUUUUUUGUUUGGUUAAAAUUUUUAUUAUUUUAUACAAUAUUUAGUUUCAAAAAUUACUUGAUAAUAUUUUUUUGAAGGAGCUUCUUGUGAUGUGGUAUAUUAACAAUUCUACUAUUUAAUCGGUUUCCGAACUGAAACCUUUGAAAGUUUCUGUUUUAUUAUUGGCUAAAAAAUUAAUCUUGAAGUCUGAUUGAUUUUUAAGAUUUUUUUUUUUUUUUUUUUUUUUUUUUAAUUUUAGACAGACACAUUGUGGUUCAGUUAUUAGAUAUUCAAAGUACAAACAUCUGGUACACAUGUUGUAAAAUUGGAAAAUGCUGAAAGUAUUAAAAUAAUGACAUAAAUUAAAAUAAUUUAUUUUUAUCAUUAGAUUUCAAUAUGUUUCAUUGGGGAAGUGAAAUCUUUUAAUUAGAAUAUCUGCAAGUUUAAAAUUCUGAUGUUAAAUGUUAAUCAUUUAACAGUUAAUCCCGAGUACUAAAUUUUAGCAGAUUGCAUGCAGUACCUAAAAGUGAAAUGAUAGUUUAUUAACAAAUUCAAACACUUUUAUUUUUUUAAUACUUUAUCAUUAGCAGUUAAUAAAUUAUAUAGUAUCGUGUGAUCUAGAAUUAUCAGCUAUCUUUGAAGUUAAAGUAACUGAACAUGCCUUGCAUUUUGUGUUUAAAUUUAUUAUUUGUAAUAUAUUUGAAAUGUUUUAGUUUGGUUUUAGAGCAACUGUGAGACUCAUAAAAUUUCCUUAAAAAUACAUUAUUUUUAAGAGUUGCAUUACAUGAGAUCUAUGUUUAAUUGUAGUUACUAAUUUUAAUUACAAACUGAUAUUAAUUAAGGCAUUGGAUAAAAUAACUGCAUUGAAAUAAAAUAAAGCAUUCCAAACUGCAGUUUAUAUACUUUGUAUUAUGAAUUAAUAAAUGUUGUUAGAGUGGAAACUAUGGUUUUUAAGUGCAAUGAUAUUAUAACCACUGCUUUGUUACAAAAAAAAAAAAAAAAAAAAAACUUUUUGAUUAAAAUGCAUACUGUGUCUUCAUUUAAAUAUUAAGGUAUUGAAAGAAAAGAUUUUUAAUAAGAUAACUAACAGUUCUUUAGUUCUAUUACAUUGACAUGGACCCUGAAAUAUUAUUUGCAUGGUUGUAUUGUUGUUGUAUUGUACCAAUAAAAAUUCUAAAGACUAAAUAAUAAUAAAAACUGGAAAUUUUUUAAUGUCGACCUUUUGAACCACACAAAGCAGUGGGCUAAAUUUUACUUUUUUUUUCCCCUAUCUGAUUUAAUCUUCAUUAAUAUUUUGUUUUUAUUAUUACACUAACUUCAUAAAUAAGUCUUCCAAUAGUUUUCAUGUUUAGAUGUGUUGUUAAAUAUAUGUGUUAUAUUUACCGAGCUGAUAAAUAAAUACAUCCAUGUAUUUUUGUAUUGUCUUAGAGAAACAAUUAGAGAAUAAUAUUUUUCUUGGUGUUUAAUAUGCACUUAUAAUUUUACUGCAUGAUUAAGUGUUGGUGCUGGUUUAUCUUUGUGACAAACAAAUUUAAUUGCUCAUUUUGUGUUCUGACAUUAGGUGUUAAUAAUAUGUUAAUUAAAUCAUCUUCUCUUUUUUACUUGGUGCUUUUCUGUUAUUCUGACUGCAGCUAAAGUAUAUGUCAAGUAUUCUCAUUAUUUCACAAAAAACUAGGAAUAUAUUACCAUCUUUUUGACUUGGCCCAAAUAUGGCCCUUACUAUUUUAAAUAAAAGUAACAUUUUACACCAAAGUGUCUACUUAGUAACAGCUGCCUUAUACUAGCUGAUUGAAAGUCUACUGCUAAUUCUGUAGCCUAUGAUUUCUGUUAUGUUAGCAAAUGCGGUGUUGAUGUAAAAUUACAUUUUGCAUAAAAACUCGUGUUGAGUAACAGCUGCUGUCUAAUUAACGGAAAGGUAAUAUUGUUUUUUUAUUACAAAUAUAUGAAUAUGUUAUUGAUUUAACUCAAUUAUUAUGCAAUUAGAUGAUUUUACAUAUUUUUUAAAAACUGCCAACCGAAUAAAUUCAGUGUUGUUUUUUUAUGUGUGUGUGUGAAGGGAAAGAAAUUGAUUAUAUGAAAGUUUUGUUAUUAUUAUUUUUUUUAAUUAUAAAGCAUUGCACAUAUUUCCCAUCUAUAAAUGUACUGUUUAUCGCAGAUGUCUAGUCAAGAUAUAUGUAUAUAUCAGUGUGCAUUGCCGUGUCUCCUAUAGAUUAAAGGGUUUCUUCCUUUUGAAAUUUUUGGCAUAGACAUACUGGUGGCAAAGAAUGUAUUAUACUCAGAAUAUAAAUUGUGAAAAGAUUUAAAAUUGUGGUUUAAAAUAAAAAUAUCAGGAAUGACUAAUGGCAAAAAUUUUGUCCAUCAUAUUAAAUGUGGUUAAAGGAAUGAAAAUUUAAAUAUAUGCCAUUUUUUUUAUGAGAUUUUGUGUACAUUUAAGGAAGGCAUUUUCUAUCCAUGUGCCAAACAUUUAGCUAGCUAAAACAUAUAAUGUACAUCAUAUAUCUAAUGUGCUAUAUUGAUAUGUCUAAUAACGAUGACAUACAUUAUGAUAAUUGUCUACCCUAUGUACAUUUACUAUACCAUAAUGAUGUGCUUUUAUGGCAUUAUUUGUUUAUGUUUAUGCAAUAUAUGUUGCUUCAAUGUUAUUUUUUUUAAUAUUAAAAUAUGUUUAUCAGUUGA